AUGUAUGUAUAUAAAAGUUGCAUUAUUGGCCCGGAAUUGACGAUAAAAGUCUGCUCCAUUGGCACUGUGAUAAAUCGCAUCGCUUACGCGGCCGACUACUGUCAGCUGGAGGGUACUUCCGGACGUCAAACGCAACCGAUGCCCAUACGAUGGAUGGCAUGGGAAAGUGUGCUGCUGGGUAAAUUCACAUCAAAAUCGGAUGUUUGGUCUUUUGCCGUAACGCUGUGGGAGAUAUUAACUUUUGCGCGCGAACAACCCUACGAACAUUUGACAGAUGAGAAGGUCAUCGAGAAUAUCGGACAUAUUUAUGCGGAUGAUAAGUUGCAUGAGCUGCUGCCGAUGCCGCUGAAUUGCCCGCGUGAAAUCUAUGAUUUAAUGUGCGAAUGCUGGCAGCGAAACGAAUCGAGUCGACCAAAUUUCCGCGAGAUACAUCUAUUCCUGCAACGGAAGAAUUUAGGCUUCAAGCCCAACAAUGCAAUGCAUUACUAAAAUUUGCACAAAAAAAGAUAGAAAUAUUUUGUAAACCAAAACCAACGAUUUUGCAAAAAAUCUCGAAAACAUGGUAAGCUACACAAAAGAUGUGCAUAAAUCAUAAAAAAAAAGAAAUUCAUAAAACACCGCUUGAAUGGCAGUGAAACCGUAGCAUUUUU